ACUGUGAUGGACUCGUUCUGCAGCUAUGACGGCGUUGACUGGGUCCAUCAACAGAACCAGUCCCGUCCAAUACGCUCCAGACACUCGUCAUCCUCGACAAUUCUUGAUCGUCACGCAGUUGCUACAAAAGCUCCGCCCAUUCCCAGACGCUCAUCCGAGGAUUCGGCUGGUGCUACUAAAGACAUCACUUCUCUCAAUCAGCUGUGGAAUACCCUUAGGCAACAGAAGCAGCGCCAAAUGGCCAAGGAGCCUCCAAAAGUCAACUCCUUGAAGGCGUCGACGCCUAUACACUCACCUACCCCGUCACGGACACCAGAUCCUGUAGGGGCAGUGAGGAAAGUAAUGACGCCUCAACCCCUCAAGAGGCGAAAGUCAAAGUAC